AUGGAAGUCAGUUUACCUGAAUAAGCACAGUUUUAGUGGAGAGACGAAGAUCAAAGUGGGCAGAAGAAAAGAUGCGAAGUAAGGAAUGAAGACACCUCUUUUGAGAAUUUCUUUGUUGGAUGGUUAAGUGGAGAAAGGGGAGGGAGGCAAAGAUGUGAAGAUGAAAUAAUGUGUGAAAUCUUUAUGUAAACUGUCAGUGCUUUGUAAGUGUUAGGCUUAUUUUGUUAUUUAUUCUCGACCUCCUCGGCAUUUCAAACCACAAUGUGAAGAAUCACUAAGACGUUACCGCUAGUGCCCCGCAUCCUGACUAUUAAGGCGCAGAGUACUAUCUCUACCCAAUGAAAAGCCAAGAAAUAGGAGACGGCUUUAAAAAACGGAACCGAAAACUUUUGGGGGUGUGGGAGUAGUUGCUGAGUUAAUACUGUCCUCCCUGCGCUACCGUAGCUCAGCUCUCGCAGCUUCUACGUCGUGUUAGAGGCGGAGCCGACAGGAAAUUUAAACAGAAACCGCGACCGGGGCGCCUAGAGAGUGAUAUUGUAGCGGCGGAACAACAACCGAGGUUCGGGAGUCCGAAAGCUCAUGGAGCCCGUGAAGGUAGCACGGAGGUCUUGAAGAAGAGGUACGGAGGCCGAGAAGGAGCGGAGAGUUUGAGGAGGGAGCCGAGAAAGGGCAACGAUUGUCUUGAGCUGGAAAGUUCCAUGGCCGAGAGCAGGCUCCGGGCUCCGGACCUAGGGGCUCAGCUGGGAGUUUCCAGUUGUCUGAAAAAAUGCCGAAGAGCUCACCAGAUGCUAGAAGGCAGCCCUUUUCUGGAAAGUCCUUUUACUUGGAUCUGCCUGCUGGCAAGAAUCUUCAGUAUCUGACAGGGGCCAUCCAGCAGCUGGGUGGGGUAAUUGAGGGUUUUCUGAGCAAAGAAGUAAGUUACAUAGUGUCUGGCCGCAGGGAGGCAAAGGCAGAGAGCAGCGGGACAAGCCACAGAGGCUGCUCCAGCCCCAGCGAGGCCAGAGUGGAAACGCCGUCCACGGCCGAUCCAAAAGGCGACCAUCCCAGGCCUUCACAGAAACCCGCAGCCUUGGUGCUCAUGAGCAGAGGGAAGGAGCUGCUGCAGAAGGCCAUCGGGAACCAGGGGAGCGGCGGCAGCGGGAGCGGGAGCAGCAGCCUCCUGACCAGUGCCCGCUCCUGGGGAGUCAGGGUUCUGCAUGUGGACGAAAUGAUGGUGCAUGUGCAACAGCUAUCUCUUGAUGCUUUAUGUGUGAGGAAACAAGGGUCGAAGAAGCCAGAGGGAAUAUGUCCAGCAGAGUCAAGAACACGGAAAGUGGCCAGACUGAAGGCACCAUUCCUCAAGAUCGAAGAUGAGAGCAGGAAGUUUCGUCCUUUCCACCAUCAGUUUAAAUCCUUUCCUGAAAUUAAUUUUCUGGGACCCAAAGAUGCAAGUCCCUUUGAGGCCCUGACGACCCCAGGCAGCUCACACCAUACCAGAGAACCCAAGAACCGGGAGCCCAGCCCUGGAUCGGCUGCCCGUGCCACGCCCAGGAGGAGGAAGGGUUACUGCGAGUGCUGCCAGGAGGCCUUUGGGGAGCUGUGUGGGGUGAGCCCCUCCCUGCUGAGCCGCUGCUCUGACAGAGCCCCCACCCGGCUCUCCCGCUUGCAUCCCACCCUGGCCUUGUCUAAUGUGCCUUGUGCUUCCUUUCAUCCUGGGCAGCAUCUCCAGAGUGCCCGGCACCAGGGCUUUGCCCUAGAAGGCCAUCUAUAUGCGGAAGUCGAUCGGAUCAUCGCCCAGCUCAGCCACAGUUUGGCAAACAUUCCCUCCCAGGCCAGCCUCCCUGGGCAGCCAGGCUCCCCAGUUUCAGAUUGUAACCCUCGGUGUCCUGAGACUCCACCUGCCAGCCAGCCCUCCCAUUGCAGGGCAGCAUCACCCAGGAUGAGGGAAGAAGAUGACCACCGGGCCCCAGGCACCCCAGGACUGGAUGGGAUGGCGGGUGACAUGAAGGCAUCAGCAGAACCUGUGGGAGCUGGCAAGACACCUGGACCAGAAACAAGCUGCCAGGAGGUGGGGGGGUCAGUUGAUGUCACUGUGGACCCCCCAGGGACACCAGUGUCCAGGAGCCCUGCUUACCAGUGCCUCCUGACCAGCUCUGGUUUUGCAGAUCCUGUCUCUGGUACGGACCUGGCACUUGUUGGCCAUAAGAGGAAGGUUCAGUUCCCUAGUAGCAGUGCUGAAAAGAGGCCAGGGGUGUCCUGGCCAGAGGCCUCCUUCUUUGUCCCAAGAGCCUCCAGCCUCUGUGGCACCAGGACAACCAGUGACAGGCAUUGCCUCUCCUUUCCCCUUCCAAGCCAUGUAUCCAGGCCUCAGGCCUUGUGCCACCCACAGACCUGCAUCUCCCUCCCAGACCCCUGCUCCUGGCAGCCCGCAGGCAGACCAGCAGAGUUCUGGGCCACACAGCCCCCGUGGCUUGGGGGAGGAUGGCCCCCAGGAUGUGAGGAUUCUGAGUAUGCAGCCCCUGGGCCUGUCUCCCGUCUGGCUGACCAGCUCUCCAGCUGCCCCACAGCUCCAGGCCAGCUGUCAGCCCACCUGCACUCGGCUGUGGGCAUGCAGCCCCCAGGAAGCCCUGCAGAGAGCCCCUCCACCUCUCUCCCUGACCCUUUGCCAGCCAGUGGGGGAGCCAGCUGCUCCCAAUGGCUCUGGGCCCCCCAGCCUCUCCCAGUUCCCUGCCUCCCUGUCUCCCAGCCCCAGCCGCAGCCCCAGCCCAGCGCCAGCUGAGAACUGCUCCUGUGAGUCCCCCUGGGGUACACAGCAGCUCUGAACUCAAGGGCCAGAUACAGACACAAGUUACACUCAUGCAGGGUGCUGCCCACCUGGCCAGGGCCGACCAGCCACAAGAGCAGCAGCACUGCAGGCCCCCCCAAAGGAGCCAGAAGGAGUACCAGACCUGGCGCUCGGAGGCCAAACGAACAGUUGUGGUCAAGCUCUGUGGGGCCAAAAGAUCCAGGCCUCCCACCUGCCGGGACUUGGGGCAGGGCCAGGAGAGUCUGGGCUGGGGGGCUGCCCUCUCCACCUCUACCUCCAACCAUAGUCCUGACCAGGUGGCAAUCCAGGAUGGGUUGUUCAGCCAUGCCAGCUGCCCGUGCCAGGAGGCCGAGACAGGGUUGGCAUAGGGAGGGACCACAAAGAAGCUGGAGCAGCAGGAGCCCUGGCCUGGCUUCAUGUUCCUCUGCAGGCACUUGCCAGAGGCAAGAGGGCUCAUUGCUGGUAUUCCCCACCCCCCACCGCAGCCUCCCUUCCUGCAAGCAUGUGGCUCUCCUGCCUUCUGAAAUGCCUGUUGUGUCCCCUCCCCCAGCCCCCCACGCGCGUGCACACAGAUCCUCAGGAACAUAUGAAGCAGAGGAGGGGCUGGUUUAUAGCAAUUAGACAACUUCUUCCCCAGGCCCUUAGUGGGGGCCCAGCACUGCCUUUUGCCCUGGGCCCAAGACAAAGCUAGAGCCCCCCUCUGGGGACUCUUACCGGUUCUACCCUGCCUCCACCUUGGCUGCCCACCUAGAGUUACUAGUCCCAGGGUCAGUGGCUCACCUGCCAACUUCUGCAUCACCCUCCUCCCUCCUUCCCCAAGGACCUCCCCCACUUUUAUUUCAGCCAAGCCACUAAUCUCAAGACGGAGAUGGGUUUGUUAUUGAUUCUUGAACCACUUUCUUUUUAUUAUAUUUUGUGCUGUGGUUCUUCUCACCUU